AUGGAAGAGAAAGGGGAAUACAUUGGAAGGCUUGGGACAGGUUGUGCGUCCCGAAAGGUGGUAUGGGUUUUGAAGAGCUUAGGGCUUUUAAUCUUGCUGGGAAAACAGGCAUGGCGUUUUCUAACAGACCCAGGAACACUCGCAGCAAAAAUUUAUAAAGCAAUGUAUUAUACCAAUUUUACUGAUGCUACUAUUGGUAAUUGCCCAAGUUAUUGUUGGAGAAGUAUAAUGGCAGUGCAUGCAAUGGUGGUCUCGGGGGUCCGGAGGAGAAUUGGGAAUGGACAGACAACUUUAAUAUGGGGACAUCCGUGGCUGCGAGAUAAUCCUAGCACAUUGAUCCAAAUAGAAAUGCCAGAGCAGUUGAGAGAGGCACGGGUUGCAGGAUUGAUUGAUUUACAGACACAUACAUGGGAUCCACAUAUUUUAUCUGACCUGUUUAUUACUGAGGAUGUGGAACGAAUAAAUAUGAUCCCUAUUAGUCCUGAUUACGAGGACUCAUGGUAUUGGAUGGGUGACCCAAAGGGGACAUAUACUGUGAAGAAUGCCUAUAGGCGUAUUGUGGGCGACUAUGAGAAUAACCCCGUGAUGUUUGAUAAAUGGAUUUCAAUGUGGAAAUUAAAAGUCCCUCCCAAGUGGAAGACUUUCUUGUGGAGAUCCAUAUGUGAUAUUUUGCCAACAACCACUAACUUGAUUAUUAAAAGGGUGGAGGUGGACCCAAUAUGCCCAAUGUGUGGUUUAGAUCAUGAAGAUGUGUUACAUGUUUUAGUGCUCUGUGAAUAUUAUACACUUGUUUGGAAUGUAACACAAUUGCCUAUCACUAAUAUUAUUGCAGACUUUUUUACAUCAUGGCUAAAAGGGGCUUUGGCGGUCUUGACGGAGGAGCAAACCCGAUUCAUGGUAGCGGUGUUAUACUAUAUUUGGAGAACCCGAAACUCAGCUGUUUGGAAGGGAUCUAUGACGCGGCCUACCCAAGUUGGCAGGGCAGCAGCCACAGCACUUCAGGCAUACGGUGCUGCCCAGGAUUACCGCACCCAACCGGAUGCGGCGUCGGCGACAUCAACCGAACCGGGAGGUGGCGGCCUGCGGUGUUACGUGGAUGCGGGCUUCCGUCACGGCACGGGCGAGGCUAUGUACGGAAUAUUACUAGUAGCGCCAGAUGGCUCUUUUGUGGCAGCAAAAAAUGGCAAGUUGCCGGUUUGCUUCUCACCACUUAUGGCGGAGGCGCAGGCGUACAAGGAAACACUGUCUUGGCUACUUGAACGGAACAACACAUCAGUAAGUUUACUCACGGAUUGCAUGGAGUUGACUACAAUUAUCCAGCACCAUCACACGCCGAUUCGUUCAUACGUUGGGGUCACGGUUGACCAAUGGAGAACACUUAUGUCUUUAUUUGAUCCCGGACCGAAUGCGGAGAACCGAAUCCGCAAGCUCACCCCGUUGCCUUUCCGCAGCGACCGAGAAGCAACCUGGCAACCAUCUCUGUCCAUGGAAACCGGUGAACAACAAGCUACCAGUCCGUCACCCAUGAACCAGUCGCCGUCCGUCGCCGGUGAAGUUAACAGCAUCACGGAGAUAGAGAGUAACAGCCCAUCGCCUGAUGAAGAAGAACAAGCAGCGAUGUUGCCCUAUGCCCACCGCCGCUGA